AUGUCAGUUCUAUACCAAAAAGUUUCCGGUAUCUUAGAGUGGAUAGAUAAAAAUGGAGAUUCAAGAAUUAAAGACUACUGGCUAAUGGAUUCUCCAUGGCCAGUUGUGAUAAUUCUCACUGCUUAUCUAUACUUUGUUCUGAAUGCGGGUCCAAAAUUCAUGAAGUAUCGUAGCCCAUUGAAAAUUGAUCGUAUUGUUAUGGUGUACAAUGUUGUCCAAGUUUUAUGUUCAGCCUAUCUAGUGAAAGAGGCAUUUCGGUUAGUAUGGCUUCAAGGUGACUACAAAAGUUUUAACUGCAUUGAAAUUGAUUAUAGUGACACAGAUAAAUCAAGAAACAUACUUAGCGCUGUUUGGGUUUACUUCUUUUCUAAAGUCUUAGAUUUACUCGACACGAUAUUCUUCGUGUUACGUAAAAAACAAAAUCAAGUGACGUUUUUACACAUCUAUCAUCAUUCAAUGGUCUUGAUGUUUGGYUGGAGUAUAAUAAAAUUUUAUCCAGGAGGACAAAUCAUCUUGUUUGGUACUAUAAAUGCAUUUGUUCACGUUGUCAUGUACAGUUAUUACUUCUUGACUAUAUUGAAACCAGAAUACAAAAAAGCAUGGUGGAAGAAACAUUUAACUCAAUUACAACUGAUUCAAUUCGUUAUUACUGGCCUCCAUGGAUGUACWGCAUUAUUGGCAACGGACUGCAGUUAUCCCAAAUUUAUAUUAGCAUUAGCAAUGCCACAAGAUAUGUUUAUGUUUAUUUUGUUCUGGGACUUUUACAAAAAGACUUAUAAACAGCCCAAAAAUAAAUUGACUUAAUUACCUAUUUAUUUUCAA